AUGCCACCGCGCCCGGCACAUAAGCGAUCCGCGUCAUCCGGAGAACCCGGACCCUCGAGCGCCGCACAGAAGAAGACGCGCUUUACCGAGCCCGGCGAAGAUCCCGCAGCAUUCGCAGAACAGGUCGACGCGUCGCUCGAAACAUCCACGCGCAAAGGUCGCGUACGGACGGAGGGAUAUGAUUCCGACUCUAGCGAUGAUGGCGAGGGCGUAGUGCCGUCACGGCGACCAGGCGCGAAGGAGAAUGAGGAGGAGGAGGACGAUAUGUUCGCGAUGGGCGAGAAGGAGGAGAAGAAGGAGGCGGAAGGGAGUGGGAAGAAGAAAGAGGAAUUCCUCAGAUUGGGAGAUAUCGAGGGGCAGGAGUUCGGUGGAGAUGGGGAAGGAAGUGGUGAUUCGGACGACGACGAGCCGGAGGACGAAGACGACGCGAUCCGGCGAAGUAAAGCUGGAAUGGGAUACGAGCUCAGCGGAUUCAACAUGCGGGAGGAGAUGGAGGAGGGCAAGUUCUCGGCCGACGGAAUGUAUGUUCGCACGUUCGACGAACACGCCGUGCACGAUCGGUGGAUGGAGGGUCUCGACGAGAAGGAGAUGAAGGCGGCCCGACGUCGAAAGCGACAACGCGAUCGCGAAGCCAAGGAGAAGGCGGAGGCGGAGGAGCAGGAGAUCGAGCGCUUAGGCGGACAGCAUGCUAUCGAAGUUCAAGUCUUAGCCAUGCUAAAGAAGGGCGAGACCAUACUUGAAGCUCUGCAACGAUUAGGCGCACAAGCGAAGAAGCAGAAAGCGGGGCAGAAGAAAGCCAAACGCCCAGCUACAGGCACAGUUCUCGAUAGCUCUGUAGCUAUGGAAGUCGACAAGCCAAAACGCGAAGAGACGCCGGUAGAGCGUCUAACACAUUUGGCGUCCACUCUCAUGUCUUUCGGCGACGUCGAUGUUUACUCAAAACAGUACGAGGAACUCGCACGCUCUGUGCGUCGCUCGGGAACAGUCGAGGAAGGCUGGGAACCACCAUCCGCGGAUGUAAAAUACGAAUAUAAGUGGGAUGUGCCAGACGCGACUGGCCAGGAGGGCGAGGUCUACGGUCCUUUCAGCGAAGAGGAGAUGCAGGCUUGGAACAAGGCCGCUUAUUUCGGCAUCGCUGGAGAAAAGGUGAAGGUGCGCGCCGUCGGCGGGCAAUGGGGCGAUUGGGACGAUGUUGUACCCUCAUGA